AUGGCGAGGGGGCGAAAACCUGGGCUGAAGCUUGCAAAACCUGCUAUCUCUUCGAAGCUCCCUUCAACUAAUGGUGAGAAUUCUGAACAAAAUCGUCCUGAAAAACCAGCGAUUGAAGAACCUAAAGGAUUAGGGAUUAUGGAAGAACAUGAGUAUGAUGUUCGAUCUUUGGAUGAAGGUUCGAAGAAGGACUACGAUCUUGAAAUGCACCACAAAACAGAGAACUGGGCUGCAGAAGUUGAAGAGCAAUCCUUCCAGGAUUCAGCUAAGGAAACUUGGGCUAAGUUUCGCGAAUCGAUUCACUCUUAUGGUGGCACGAAGCUUCACUACUCAGAACCAUAUCAGAAGGAUGGCCAGAUUGUUGCGAAAUUGGACAUGGAGGAGAUUGAAGUAGAAGCUUCAUUCUGGAAAUCUGCGAUAAUAUGUGUUGUAAUUGGGGCAAAUCCUCCUCUGGCAGUGUUUGAGGGUUUUGUUAAAAGGAUUUGGGGAAAACUUGGCAUUGUGAGUGUUGCCCGAAUGAAUGCUGGAUUUACUAUGGUGAAAUUCAGAGAUGAGGCAGCAAGGGAUCUAGUGUUAGAAUCAGGGGUUGUACACUUUGAUAGGAAACCUGUUGUCCUUCGGCCUUGGACCACUGAUGUUGAGUCUCUGAAAUCCAUCAAAUCUGUUCCAAUAUGGAUUAGGCUGCCUGAUCUUGGGUUGCAAUACUGGGGAGUGAAUUGUCUGAGUGCUCUUGUUAGCACAAUAGGAAAACCCAUAAUGAUUGACCAAAUUACUUAG